AUGGCCUCUAUCCUCCGUUGCAGCCCCAAGCUGCGCACCGUGGCCCGCGUGCCCGCUGCCCGUGCCCUCUCCACCACUGCUCGCCUCCAAGCUGCUGAGAAGCCCUUCUUCCCCAAUGAGCCUACUGCUCCUUCGCUCAAGACCGCUAUUCCCGGCCCCAAGAACAAGGCCGCUGCGGCUGAGCUCGAUGAGGUCUUCGAUGUCCGCAGCUUGAACAUGCUCACCGACUACCAGCAGUCCAUUGCAUCGCCGAUCUCGAUGGCAACAAGCUGCUUGAUGUCUAUGCCCAGAUUGCCUCUAUCCCCGUUGGUUACAACAACCCCCCACCUCAAGCAGGUUGCUCAGUCCGAUGAGAUGAUCACCUCGUUGAUCAACCGUCCUGCCCUGGGUAACUUCCCCUCUGCCGACUGGUCCCAGAUCCUGCGCACCGGUAUCCUCAAGGCUGCUCCCAAGGGCCUGAACCAGGUCUUCACCGCCAUGGCUGGUUCUGAUGCCAACGAGACUGCCUACAAGGCUGCUUUCAUGUACUACCGCCAGCUCCAGCGUGGUGGCCCCGACGUCGAGUUCACCGAGGAGGAGCUUCUGUCCACCAUGAACAACCAGGGUCCCGGUUCUCCCCAGCUCUCCAUCCUGUCCUUCAAGUCUGCCUUCCAUGGCCGUCUCUUCGGAUCCCUCUCCACCACCCGCUCCAAGGCCAUCCACAAGCUGGAUAUCCCCGCCUUCGACUGGCCCCAGGCCACCUUCCCCACCCUGAAGUACCCUCUUGAGGAGCACGUCCAGGAGAACGCUGCCGAGGAGAAGCGUUGCCUCGAGGAGGUUGAGCGCCUCAUCAAGGAGUACCACAACCCCGUCGCUGCCGUCAUGGUUGAGCCCAUCCAGUCCGAGGGUGGUGACAACCACGCCUCGCCCGCUUUCUUCCAGGGUCUGCGUGACAUCACCAAGCGCACCAACGUUCUCUUCAUUGUCGAUGAGGUCCAGACUGGUGUCGGUGCCACCGGUAAGUUCUGGGCUCACGACCACUGGAACCUGUCCUCUCCCCCCGACAUGGUCACCUUCUCCAAGAAGGCCCAGACUGCCGGCUACUACUUCGGCAACCCUGCCCUGCGCCCCAACAAGCCUUACCGUCAGUUCAACACCUGGAUGGGUGACCCAUCCCGUGCUCUGAUCUUCCGCGGUAUCAUCGAGGAGGUUGAGCGUCUUGGCCUCGUCGAGAACACCCGUGUCACUGGUGACUACCUGUACGCUGGUCUCGACCGCCUGGCCCAGAAGUACCCCGCCCACUUCCAGAACCUGCGUGGUAAGGGCCAGGGUACCUUCAUUGCCUGGGACACCCCCAAGCGUGAUGAGUUCCUCGCCAAGGCCAAGUCCGUCGGUGUCAACAUUGGUGGUAGCGGUGCCCAGGCUAUUCGCCUGCGUCCCAUGCUGGUCUUCCAGCAGCACCACGCUGAUAUCCUUCUGGAGAGCAUUGAGAAGAUCAUCAAGCUCCUCUAA